CAGCAGUAAGGUGGAGCAGAAAGGAGUAGGAGAGAGGAGCAGCAGCAGUGAGAUGGAACACCAGUGAGGGGCAGUAGAGAGGAGCAGCAGUGUUAUCAUCAGCAGCAGAGACAAGAAGGGCCAAGUACUACAGUCCACACCUUAUACAGAGGCCUCGACAACUUAUAGAAGCACAACGAGAGCGGAAAAUAAUAUCAGUGUUACCAUAAGCAGCGACGGGACAACAUAGAGAAUCUAGCGAGAAGAAAAAUUCCCAACCAAGACAGAAUAGAGAAGGCAGCAGCGUGAGGAGUGGUGUUCAGUGCUGUGUACACCGUGACGCCAUAAGGACCUUGAGUGUUUAACCAGGGGACACUUGCCACACCACCAAUACCACUACUACCACCACUACUACCACCACUACUACCACCACUACUACCACCAUCAUCAUGACUGGCUCAGAAUUCACCUACGACGCCGCCACCUGGAGCGUCACGCCGGCCAUGAAGGAAACCUACAACAAGAAUGGUUACAUCCUCGUCAGAAAUAUGCUGAGCCAGGCUGAGAUAGAUAAAGUGAAGGCGGCUGUGGAAGGAGACGAUGGUAUCCAGGCUCAAGCAUACAGCAGAGACGACGGCAAGAGCAGACGAAGCCGAGUGUCCCUGUGGAACCAUCCGGGUGACGACAUAACCGGACGGCUGGCGAGGAUGUACAGAGUUGCCGGUACCAUGGAGGAGCUGAUGGGAGGGGACGAGAUCUACCACUACCACAGUAAACUGAUGAUGAAAGAUGCCAACACGGGUGGUCGGCACGUCUGGCACCAGGACUACGGGUACUGGUACAACAAUGGCUGUUUGUACCCGAACAUGGCGUCGGUGUUCAUCCCGGUGGACAACUGUACCAGGAAGAACAGCUGUCUGCAGGUGUUGAGGGGCUCUCACCUCCUCGGCCGUAUAGAUCACCGGAGGAUAGGGGAGCAACUAGGGGCAGACCCGGAGAGAGUGGAGAAGGCACAGAAGGUACUGGAACACGUAUAUGUGGAGAUGAAGGCCGGGGACAUGCUGUUCUUCCACUGUAACCUCCUCCACACCUCCGACCAGAACUCUUCAGAUCUACGCCGUUGGGUCUUCAUCGUCGCCUUCAACAAGAGAUCCAACAACCCUUACAAGGAACACCACCACCCACAGUACACGCCCAUGACCAAGGUCCUGGAUUCGGCUCUGAUGGAGUGUGACGGGCAGGAGUCACUGGAGGGCAAGUGGUUUAUGAAGCUUAAUGACGACAUCUCUAUUCGAGACAAGGUUCAUUAGAAACGAUCCUCUCUCUCUCUCUCUCUCUCUCUCUCUCUCUCUCUCUCUCUCCGCCAUUCGCCUUGAAGCAGCGAGCGCGUCCCAUUAAAGAGCUCGUUUGUCUUCGAAACGAGGUUCGUACGUCUUGAUACAGAUUCUUGGAACCUGAUUCAAACAUUAUUUGUCGCAAAUCAAGAUUCUUUUAUCUCGAUGCGUGUUCUUGGCCUCUGGUUCGGACAGUCAUGGAGUCAACAUUCACACAUGGGUUCGAACGUCACUGGUCUCGAAACAGACAACAUAUAACUCAAUAGAGGUUCAUGGAUAUUGAUUCGAAUGAAUUAUUAGUUCAAGAUUCAAAAAUUGUUUCUUUGGCCUCGAACUGAACCUUAAAUAUCUCGAAAUAACGUUCUCGGUCCUUGGGUCGAACCUCCUCUCGAAUUUAAGUUCAUUUAUUGGUUCUUGAAGGUUAAUUCAAACAUUAAUUGUCAGUAAGCAAACUAAUAUUUCUUAAUUAAUUUUCUGUCUUGAAAUGUUUAAACAAAUGCAAAGUCGAGUACGUUCUUAUAUGAUAGAUUGUGAACCUGAUUUAAAGAUUAUAUUUUCACACAAGGUUAAAAUAAUCUUCGAUAUGGUUUAAAUUUUUAUCUAUCUAUCUAUCUAUCUAUUUAUCUAUCAAUCUAUUUGAAUUCUUUACUGUGUAAUUUCAUUGAUAAUUAAUAAAUAAUUGAUACAAAAA